AUGCCCGUCUUAGAGAUUGCAGAUGCUUCCGGAGUUUCGCCCUCAAAGAGAACGAGAGUAGAAGAGAAACGUGAAGAAGAAAAACCGGUGCUUAGAUUUGCUAAACUCUCCGAGCAUGCAACGACACCAACGCGGGGUUCAGCUAAAGCUGCUGGAUAUGAUCUGUACAGUGCAUAUGACUACUCUAUUGCUGCAAUGGAUAAGGCCAUCGUGAAGACGGACAUCCAGAUUGCAGUUCCACAUGGCUGCUAUGGGAGAGUUGCACCCAGGUCUGGACUGGCGGUCAAACACUUCAUUGACGUUGGUGCUGGUGUGGUGGAUGAGGACUACAGGGGAAAUGUUGGUGUUGUGCUAUUCAACUUUGGCAAGGACGCAUUUGAAGUGAAAAAGGGUGACAGAGUUGCUCAGCUGGUUUGUGAGAGGAUCUUCUACCCAGAUCUGGUUGAACAAGAGACACUCGAUGAAACGGAGCGUGGUGCAGGAGGUUUUGGAUCAACCGGACACAACUGA